ACAAAACAAGCGACAGCGGUUCCGUUCUUGGUCCUGUAGUCCUUGAUAUUCGGCGGUUUUGGGGAAACUUUUUGUCCUCACGAUGUCUCAACAGGAAGGCUAUUCACCCAGUUUCAAGCGACCAGCUGAAAUAAUGCGAAUGAGGAGGAAAAGAACUCGCAGCGACGCCAGUGUCUUCUCCAGCCCCAGCGCACCCGGACAAAGCGGCUCUCCGCGGGCGUGCGUCAGGCCCUUCUCCCCGGGACCGCUUUUCAACAACCAGAACCCCUCCGGACGAGGGACGAAGCGCAGAAACCCUUUCGCCAACAUCGAGAAUACCUUCAGCCCCAAGAAGAAGUUUCUCAUUUACAACGACGACGGGAGUGGGGAAGCUGCGGACAGUUCAAGGCGAAGGAGCGAAGACGAGGGAGAGGAGGAGGAAAAGGAGGAGGACAUGUCAGCGGCGAAGGAGCGCCACGCGGGGGCAACGGUGGCCUUCAGGGACCGGUUGGCCGAGGCGGAACUACAGGAGCACCAAGACAUCAACAGCAAGAAGUGUCUGACUUUCUCUGAGGACGACUCUCUCUUUGAAGAAGAAGAAGAUGAUGUCGGCAGCCUGCUGCUGAAGAGUCCGCAGGCCAUUGCUCCGGCCUCCAUAGCUCCCCCCGUGUGCACAGAGUAUCCAGCGGACUGGAGCCUGAAGACCCGCCUCCUCUUCACCUCCCCGCUCACCCUGUCGUGGGCCGAGCAGCCCAAAGCCCAGGAGGAGGCUUCGGGGCUCAGUCGUCACUGCAGAGCUCAGUUCAGCACUCUGCCUCACAGCCUGCAGGACCCCAGGUCUUGCUCUGAGCUCCGUCAGGCCUUCCAGCAGAGUCUGGUGUACUGGCAGCACCCCUCCCUGCCCUGGAUCCCCCUGUUUCCCAGGAUCAACGCGGAGAGAAGCUUCGCUGGGAGGAGUGCCCCGUGGGCACAAGACCGAGCCCUGCAGCAGAGUCUCAUGAGUGAAUGGUCAGUCAGCCUGUCGUCUCUCUACAGUCUAUUGAAGGCCAGACUGUGUCCUUACUUCUAUCUCUGCUCCUAUCAAUUUACAGUGCUAUUCAGGGCAGCCGGUCUCGGGGGCUCCAGCAGCAUCACUGCCGCCAUUUCUCCUACGACCCGGGGUCUCCGAGAGGCAAUGAAGGCUGACGGCAUUGAGUUCAGCCUCCCUCUAGUGGAAGAGAGGAGGAGGAGCAGGGAGCAGCAGAACCUGACCGUGCAGGAGGGAGACGAGGAAGACCAGGAGUGUUCUGAGCUGAAAGAGGGCAAGGAGACUCAGACAGGGGACGAAGGAGAGAACGACGACGAAGAAGGCAGCUUUUCCUGGCUCAAGGAGAUGGGCAUCCAGGACAAAAUCAAGAAGCCAGACAGCAUCACCAUGCAACUCCGUAAGGAAGGGCAGACCGUGUCUCUGGACCACAAGCCGGAGUCCAUGGUGUGUGUGGAGGGACCGCACACCUUCACCCUCAUCAACUUCCUCAUCAACUGUAAGAGCCUGGUGGCUUCAACGGGUUCCCAGGCGGGGCUCCCCCCAACACUGCUGGCCCCCAGGGCGUUUAGAGGAGCCACGAUGCAGACACUGAAGGCCCGCAGUGUAAACGUGAAGAGCCAGGUUGGUUCCACCUACCAGGACAUCAGCAGUCUGGAGAUGACAGGACCCAUCCUCCCAUCCUCCCUCCACACUAUUACCACCCUCCUUCGGCCUGCGCAGAAAGGGAACUUCUCAGCUUCUCUUUACACUCACACGCCUACUGCUGUCAUGAACACACACACCACCCAGCCACAGUGUGCCGGUGGCUCGGUGGACCUGUCCAGCUGUGGCCUCCAUCCUUCCUCCAUCCAGCAGCUUCAGCAGCCCUCUAGCCUCGGCAAGACGGCUCUGACUCACAUCAACAUGAGCAACUACAGCUACAUGUGGAAGAACUGACUGAGGGGCGGUGUUUUCCAACAGCUCUCUAACAACUGCACGUUCUGUUCUGCUCUGGGUCAGAGCUGCACUGCCACUGGUGGCCACUUGGUUUUAAAACUCAAAAGAGAGGCCGCUAAGAGGACACAUGCGUCUUAACCAAUACUCAAUUGAGUGUCUUGUAACAAUCAUAUUCUUCAGAAUUCGUUUUUAAUUGUGAUAUGCGCAUCAUUACAGAGCUAAUGUGUACGUUUUGUUUUUCUUUUGUCAUAUUAAAGAACUGCGGCACUGUCACAUCUGACAGAAACAAAGAAAUUAAUACCGUGUCUAGAAUUUAAGGGUUGAUAAAUUCCAUAUCAG